AUGCCUCCUCGAUCACAGCCACGUGCUAUGACCUUCACCGGCUGCUGGACAUGCAAGAGAAGAAAAGUCCGAUGUGAUCUUCGACCAACAGCGUGCAGAAACUGUGAAAAAAGGGGGAUAGUCUGUGAAGGCUAUGGAAUCAGGUUACAAUGGGUUUCAGACUCGCUAGGACAGGCGGAGUCGAGAACUGGCCUUCAAGGGCGCCGUAGCCUUCGACUUGACCAGACUUGCAAUCUGUAUGAAUCAGCAACCAUCGACAACUUUCUCUCGGCUGUUGACCACGAGACUGAACACAAUGCAGUGGUGGCCAUUCGACUCCGACCUCCCAUCCUCCUCCUCAGGGUUGAAGCUCGACAACUCACCAAGUGA